UACUCAUAGUAGCUUCUGUCGUAUAAAAUUACUAUUCCCAAGCGGCGACGGAGCAAAAUAAAAUUAAUCAAGAAAGAAUUAAUAUAUUUUAAUAGUGAAUUCAAAAUGGACGAAAAAAUAGAAGAAAUACCAGAAUUCAUACUAAAAUCUGUUCAAAAAAUAAUACAGAAAGAGAAUUUCAACACUUUUGAAGUAACGACGAAUAAAAUGGUAUGUAGUGACAAUAAUUUUUUGGGUGAUUUAUUCGAAUCAGAAAUAAAAGGAGAAACGGACGAUGGUGACAAAAAACUAAAUAUAUUUUUUAAAUACAUUAUCAAAAACGAAAACUUCACCCUAUGCUCCCUACACGAAGUGUACAGAAAAGAGGUUUUCGUCUAUUUGGAGCUGCUUAAAUUAUUUGAAAAGUUCCAGGAGGAAGCUAAAGUGCCAGUAGAAGAUCGAUUCAACAUGGUCAAGUGUUACGAAGAAACGAACACCGAGUGCAUAAUUCUUGAGAAUUUGGCCGUAAAAGGCUACAAAACGCUACCAUUUGACGAAGUUAUGUCGUUAGAGUUUACUGAGGAAGGAGUCAGGCAACUCGCAAAAUUCCAUGCACUGUCCUUUGUUUUAGAAGAAAAACUUCCAGAUUUUUACGAAGAAAAUGUUAAAACAGUAAAAGCGUCACUUCAAUACAACGACUGUUGGACAAAAUUUGUUGAUAAAAUCUCAAGUUCGGCAGUGGCUAAGUUUGAUGGUGAUAUCAGAAGAAGACUCGACAGGUUCUUGGAAAUGUCACUAGAGAAAUAUCCGAAGUAUGUGACUGGACAGACCUCAAAUUUAAAAUGUUUGUGCCACGGGGACUAUAAGAUGAAUAAUAUUCUACAUAAAAAAGAAAACGGACGAAUAACACAUCUAGUGCCUAUCGACUACCAACACGUGUACUACGGCUGCCCAGUAAUCGACUUCUACUUCUUCAUCUACGCGGGGACCGACACCACCUUCCGAGCCAAGCACUUGACCAACCUCAGAGCAUUGUAUUGCGAAACUUUGACGAACUUCCUCCAACACUUCGGUAUCGAUUUUGACUCGAUAUUCUCUAAGGCAGAAUUCGAGAAGUGCUUUGAUGAUUCUCGAGAAUAUGCCCUAAUGUUUUCCUUAUAUAUUCUGCCGUUGUUUUACGUUGCUGGCGAACCGUUGUCAGCUAAGGAUAACUUGCUGGAGAUUACUUUUAAAUUACAGGACAAGUACUAUGAAAGAAUAACGAAAAUUGUUGAGGAGUUUGUGAAUUUGAAUAUUCUGUAGUUUGGUUUGAAGUUUGUAUAUCCGUUGAAUGGAUUUGUAUUUUAUAUAAUGUUAUGAAAUAUUUUUAUGAUUCGCCUCUGUAAAACUGUCGUUUUGUAACUCACUUAGGACUGAAGUUAAAACAAGCUUGCUCUUUCUUACAGCAGAUAUUUUUUGUACAAUUAAUUUAUCAUUUAUCAUUAUAAAGACUUUCGAAAAUGGGUCGUGCCAAACUAACCAAAACUCAGAAACACUUUUUUUACAUAGAUAUCGAACCCACGACUUCUCAGUCAAUAUCAAAACACGGUGGCAAUAAACUUAUUAACUUUAUCACUAACAAGGUAUAAAUAUGAGAUUUUGGAUAAAACGUAUAGAAUGUUGUCGUGCUCAAACUAUGGCAUGCCCCAUAAAUCUCCUGAACUAAUAUAAUUUAACGUAACGAGGACCCAAACACGGACAAGGACGUAUGUUGCCAGAUGUAUUUAGUAUACUUAUUACAGAAAUAACAUAUUGUUAGUUAAGUAGGAAGUGAACAGGAUAAUAUACAACAUUGUUAUAAACAUAAACAUUUUUCAUAUUAUUUUGUACAUC